GGUGUUGAGUAGUUGCAAUUUGCGCGUUCCUUAAACGUAAACCUGACGUUGACUAAUACUCUCUCACAAGUUUAAAACGUUAUCAGCUAGGUAUUGUAGUUGUUAAUAGAUAUUAUUUCUAAUCGUUUAGUGCAAAAUGAUGAGUUUUAGAAAUUCACAGUGUAUAUUCAUGCUGUUUAUUUUAUGUAUCACGCGUUUGGGAUGUUGUACUCCUCAAAAUAUUGAUAAAGUGGCUAGUACCACUAGUGUUCCGACAGUUAACAAAUCCACAAGCAUAGAAACAUAUUCGUCCGCUGAAAUGUGCGAAAAGUAUUCAGAGUUGAUUUACGUUAAAAUAAAGGAUCCAAUAUUACUGCCGAGCCAAGAAGAUCAUUUUAUCAAAUUUAAAGAUUGUCGCAUUGUCGUACCUUUAAUCACUAACGGAACGUUGGCUGAUUCAAAAGAAUUUCCGCACAUGGCUUUGUUGGGUUAUACCAAAAAUCCCAAAGACAAUGCAUGGGCCUGCGGUGGAUCAUUGAUCAGCAAUAGAUGGGUUCUGUCCGCAGCGCACUGUGAUAAAAUUGAAAAUUCGUUGUUUGUGCAAUGGGCACGCUUGGGAGAGUUGAACUAUCUGAAGGAUACCGAUGAUGCCAGACCAAAGGAUUACAAAAUCGUACAACGCGUAGUUCACCCGAACUAUAAACCUCCGUUAUUGUACAACGAUAUAGCGUUGUUUCGUUUGGAGGAGGAUGUAACGUUUUCGGCAUACGUACGGCCCAUUUGUCUGAACGCAGAUCCUAAUUUGAAACUUACUGCUCCGCAGAAGGUGGUAGCAACUGGUUGGGGACAGAUACUACACAAGGGACCAGUCAGUCCAGAUCUGUUAAAAGUCGAUUUGGAGGUUAUUCCGGCGAGUCAGUGCAAAUCUAAUUAUGCGUCGUCAGCGAAAUCUCAAUUGCCAAAUGGAAUACUCGAUGACAGCCAGAUAUGCGCGGGCUAUGCUCGUGGUGAAAAAGACACUUGCGGGGGCGAUUCCGGCGGUCCGAUUCAGAUACCACACAGCGAUUACACGUGCAUGUAUAAGCAAAUAGGCGUCACGUCGUUCGGCAAGAAGUGUGCAGAGGAGAAUUCGCCUGGCGUAUACACCAGAGUGUCCAAGUACAUACCGUGGAUCGAGCAAAUCGUUUGGCCCAAGUCUGGUUGAUGUGUACACAACAUCGAUAUAAUAAUAUAAGCUAUGCGAGUUUAAUAUUGUAUUUGCAAAUGAUUUAAUAUACUUAAUCACGACGUCUA